ACGUGAUAUAGAACAAUUUGUCACAUAUAUUUCGAGUAUAAAAGCAUGCAAAUGUCACAAAAUUGUCAGACGCAACUUGUUCUCAACAGUUUCUCGCAUCCAAAAUAAUCCUCUUUUUCGGUAUUCUAACAUCCAACAAAAUGCUUAAGGUUUUCUUAUUUGCUUUCUGCGUCGUUCUUGCUAAAGCACAAUAUCCAAUCGGAAGUCCAUAUGAUGGUGUUCCAAAUCCAUACCAAUACAGCUAUAGUGCUCCAUCUAUUGGAGGUGAAAGUUCACAUCAGGAAUCUGGUGACGGACAAGGAAGAGUCACUGGUUCUUAUUCUGUAACUGAUGAAGACGGUCGUUCCAGAACUGUUGAGUACGUGGCUGAUGAAUUAGGUUUCCGAGCCAACAUCAUUACAAACGAGCCAGGCACCAGUAACCAAGCACCUGCUGAUGUUUCUAUUUCUUCUAGUGCCGAUGAGGGAUUACAAAGUUAUUCUAUUGGUGGUGCCCCUGGUCCAGUUGCAUAUGCACCAGCUCCAGUCGCAGUAGCAGCUCCAGGACCUUUGCCUCUUGCAUACGGUGGUGGUGCCCCUGUACUUCUUUAAGUACCAAACUUAUAGAAAUAAUUGGUGAUUUCCUUUGGUGAUCAGCUUGUUGGGUCUUAGCUUUAAAAACUUUGUGUGUUCUUCUUCCUCGAAUGUGUUGCCACUGUUGCCUUUUAUUUGUUAUUUAUGGACGUAAAAAUUCUGUGACUGUGUCGAUUCUACCAAUUAUUGAAUUGCUUUCCUUUUUUGUUUCGCUUUCCAAUCUGUCAACUUAUUCUUGUGUGUCUCCUCUUUUUAAGUGCUUUUCGGUCUAGUUUGAAUUGUAAAAUGGUUUGAAGUGUUAAAACAGUAAGCUCCUUUACAAUGCAAUUUAGUUUAAAGAAUUUUGAAACAUAAAGAACUUGUUUUAUUUAAAUUCUCUAUGAGCCGAAGUGGAUUUCUGAAAUUUCUGACCUUUUCCAGCUUCUUAGCUAUUUUCUUUCAUUCUUACGAUGCAGAGCUCUUACAAAUUUUAAAACUAUGUCAGUCCCUAUUGUAACGAACGAACGAAAGUCCUCGGGAAAGUAAAAAGAUAAAAUUGUCAGGGGGUAUGAGUUAUUUAGACCACUGUAAAAUUAUGAGUCGUGAUUCUAAAAUAUUUUUUCAUAUGUCAUGAAAGGGUUAUAUUUAGUAUUAUCUGUCAAUUCCUGAUUAAAUUAAAUUUUAGUAAAAAUAACCAUUAAAAAAAUUUAAUAUCAUGACAAUCGUUCUUAAAACUAAAUGAUUAUACAUAAGAUGCCCAAGAAGAAGCAUUAACAAAGCAUAAACUUAAUUUAAAGUAAUUUAUUUUUAUAAAUAUUUUUAAAUUUUAAUAAAAAAUUUAUUUAUACUUUUUGUUGAGUAUAGAGAGUUAAUAUUUUCCUAUUUUUUAAAGUAAUUACUUGAAUACUAGUUAGGAAUUAAUCUGAAUCAAUUGCAAAAUACUUAUCCUUUAAUAUUUAUCAUCUCUAUUCGCUUCAUUUAGUUUCUCAAAUUUGUUAAAUUGUAAGUAUUAUUUGUGGUUUAUUUUAAUUGAGAUUUAUAGUAAUAGAGAGUAUAUUUAAAUGUUAAAGAGAGAAGAUGAAAAAGGUUGUUAAAACUUGAAAAGUGCAUGAGUAAUGUAUUUGUUAAAUUGGCUCAAGCAAAAUUCCAAUUUAAUUUUAAUAUUUAAUUUGGAAAACGCCGGAGAAAUAUUGCUUGAGGAAUGUUUCUUUUCUAGUCUAGCUAUUUUGAGUAAAAUAGGAUUUAAAGUCGAAUCUUAUGUAGCUGUCAUUCAAAAUUUGUGCAAUAAUGUUACUGUUCUGUAAACAGAAAGAUUUAUUUAAAAAAAUGUGCGUUCUGCUUUUGUUGUGAAAAUGUGCGUUCUGCUUUUGUUGU